AUGGGACUUCUGGAUCUCCUCGGUGUCGGCCUUAACUUGGCGUCUCAACUCGGGAACUCUUGUCCGGCUCAGGCUGGGGUUUCCGGCGCCUGUUCUUCUGUCCAUGCUCGGCCGUCUAUGGAAACAACCUCAGAGGUUGAUGCUCUUAGUGUGCUUCCUUUCAACGAAGAGCUGAGCAUCCUGCAUCAAUCUCUAGUCACAGCUCGGAGCUUGGUGGAAGACCAAGGCCCAACAGUACCAGUUCCCGAGUCCCAACUACACGACGUAUUAAACAAGAUCAAGGCAAUGGAGGACCAAAUCAACCAGUUGCUAGCUUCUAAGUCUGCCGAGACAGAAGUCCCAUCUUCUAACCUAGCAGAUAACCGUUCAGACAAUCUCAACCAGGUCUCAGAGUCUCCAGAUCGCAAAACAUCAGCACUUCCAGCUCAACAGCCGUCAGAGAUCGCGGAAGGUGUAUCAAAUGAUGAUUCUCUACAGCAAUCCUCUCCACCGAGCGGUUCCUUCAAGCUAAGUACCGAAUCCGUUUCCAAUUCUCCAACUAAUGAGAACAUAGGUCCUACCAGUCCCAGCACUGAGUUUUACAUCAGCACAUCUCCAGGCAGUGAAGCAGACAGCCUACCUGAGCAGAAUGAGGAAGUUAACUUCGCCGGCAUCUUCAAAGAGAGCUCUGAAGAGUCCAAUAACAUGGAAGAGUUUGAGACUACGGAAGUUACAUCAACAAUCCGGAUCACCACAACAACAACAAUUACCAAAACAGUCACUCAGUCUAUUCACCUGUCAAAUGAUCCGCCAUCAGCUUCAAAUGCGGCAGUCGUCAUUCCUGCAGAAAACAGAGAAGGUCUCUACCCCGCAGAGGCUCACGCUGUUGCUCAGUUGCAGGAAGUGACAAGCACCAAGUCCCCAGUGCCGAGGAGUAGAGCCGCCGGGACUGACACCGAAACUUCAGCCUCUCCACACACGACGUCCCGGCAGCCCAUGGUAGAAGGGGAUAACUAUCUUUCAGUCACAAAGACCCCAGGGGAUAUCGUUCCACGGCCUCCUGCAGCAAGUCCAAUGUCGGCUCUUAGCAAAUACACCAUCGGCUUGGACAAGUCCGACGGAGUAGGAGCUGUAACCCCCAGUGGAUUUCGCACUAUUACUUUGCCAGCCAACGGCACAAGUCCAAACGGCAAUUAG